UGGAUGAGAAACAUCAGAAUGUGAAAAGAAACCAUAAUGUUUCACUGAAAGAAACUCUGAAGACAGAAGACAUAAAGUGUGAAAAUAGUUUCAGUGAAGAUGAACGCCCUGCAGAUCACAAGAGGACUCACAGUGAGGAGAAACCAUUCACUUGUCAUCUGUGCGGAAACAGUUUCAGAAAUAAAAGUAUCCUUAAGUUUCACACAUUCAUUCACACUGGAGAGAAACCGUUCACAUGCCAUGAGUGUAAAAAAAGUUUCAGAAGUAAGAGUACCCUAACAGCACACAUGAUAACUCACACUGGAGAGAAACCUCACGCAUGUCUUCAGUGUGAAAAGAGUUUCAUAGAAAAACGUGGACUUGAGACUCACAUGAGAAGUCACACUGGAGAGAAACCUUACAUAUGCUCUCAGUGUGAAAAAAGUUUUUCAAGCAAACAGACUCUUAAGAAACACAUGAAAGUGCACACUGGAGAGAAACCAUUCACAUGUCAUCACUGUGCAAAGGGUUUUAUAACGAAACGUGACCUUAAUAUACAUGUGAGUAUUCACUCUGAAGAGAGACCGUUCACUUGUCAUCACUGUGGAAAGAGUUUUAAAGUGAAAAAUGAACUUAAUAGACACCUAAAAAUUCACACUGGAGAGAAACCUCACACUUGUCAUGUUUGUGGAAAGAGUUUCAGAAUAAAAGUUAGCCUUAACAUACACAUGAGGAUUCACACUGGAGAGAAACCAUAUCCGUGCCAUCACUGUGAAAAGAGAUUUACAACUGCAGGUAACCUUCAGAAACAUUUGAGAAUUCACACUGGAGAGAAACCUUUCACUUGUAAACAGUGUGGAAAGAGUUUCAGGUUUGAAUGUAGCCUUAAGAUACACACAAGAAUUCACACUGGAGAGAAUCCGUUCACAUGCCAUAAGUGUGAAAAAGGUUUCACAAGUAAAAGCAACCUUACGACACACAUGAAAAUUCACAUGGAAGAGAAACCUCACACAUGUCUUCAGUGUGGAAAGAGUUUCAGUUUGAAGUGUAUUCUUAAGACACACAUGAUGAUUCACAGUGAAAAGAAACCUCACGCAUGUCUUCAGUGUGAAAAGAGUUUCAUAGAAAAACGUGGACUUGAGACUCACAUGAGAAGUCACACUGGGGAGAAACCUUACAUAUGCUCUCAGUGUGAAAAAAGUUUUUCAAGCAAACGCACUCUUAAGGCACACAUGAAAGUGCACACUGGAGAGAAACCAUUCACAUGUCAUCACUGUGCAAAGGGUUUUAUAAUGAAACGUGACCUUAAUAGACAUGUGAGUAUUCACUCUGGAGAGAGACCGUUCACAUGUCAUCACUGUGGAAAGAGUUUUAAAGUGAAAAAUGAACUUAAUAGACACCUAAAAAUUCACACUGGAGAGAAGCCUCACACUUGUCAUCUGUGUGGAAAGAGUUUCAGAAUAAAAGUUUACCUUAACAUACACAUGAGGAUUCACACUGGAGAGAAACCAUAUCCGUGCCAUCACUGUGAAAAGAGAUUUACAACUGCAGGUAACCUUCAGAAACAUUUGAGAAUUCACACUGGAGAGAAACCUUACACUUGUCAUCACUGUGCAAAGGGUUUUAUAACGAAACAUGACCUUAAUAUACAUGUGAGUAUUCACUCUGGAGAGAGACCGUUCACAUGUCAUCACUGUGGAAAGAGUUUUAAAGUGAAAAAUGAACUUAAUAGACACCUAAAAAUUCACACUGGAGAGAAGCCUCACACUUGUCAUCUGUGUGGAAAGAGUUUCAGAAUAAAAGUUUACCUUAACAUACACAUGAGGAUUCACACCGGAGAGAAACCAUAUCCGUGCCAUCACUGUGAAAAGAGUUUUACAACUGCAAGUAACCUUAAGAUACACACAAGAAUUCACACCGGAGAGAAUCCGUUCACAUGCCAUAAGUGUGAAAAAGGUUUCACAAGUAAAAGCAACCUUACGACACACAUGGCAAUUCACAUGGAAGAGAAACCUCACACGUGUCUUCAGUGUGGAAAGAGUUUCAGUUGGAAGUGUCAUCUUAAGACACACAUGAUGAUUCACAGUGAAAAGAAACCUCACGGGUGUCUUCAGUGUGAAAAGAGUUUCAGAGAUAAAACGAGACUUGAGAUUCACAUGAGAAGUCACACUGGAGAGAAACCUUACAUAUGUCUUCUGUGUGGAAAGAGUUUUACAAUGAAACGUGGCCUUAAUGAACACCUAAGAAUUCACACUGGAGAGAGUCCAUACGCAUGUCAACAGUGUGAAAAGCGAUUCAGUAGAAAAUAUCAACUUACUGCACAUUUGAUCACUCACACUAAAGAGAAACCGUUCACAUGCCAUGAGUGUAAAAAGAGUUACAAAACAAAAUCUACCCUUAACUCACACAUGAGAAUCCACACUCGAUAGAAACCAUUCACGUGUCAACAGUGUGGAUAUGGCAACAAAGCUUCGAAAUCAGCUGAGGUCUUAUUAAUAAAACUGUCUGGAGGAUCCUUACUAAAAGUCUACAUGCACACAAAAGCCAAAAAUGGUGUACAGCAAAAAAUAUUCAGGCCAUUUCUCAAUAUGUGUUCUUGUGGACUUGUGGAGCGGAAGUUCUGUUCCAAUUCCAAGUUCAUAUCAAGUCAAGUUCACUUAACUUGAUCCAUUCGUUUUAUUAAGGAUACAUCAGAAGGUGACUUGUGUGGACCUAUGACAGCCAAGUUUCCCAGAAUGCAUUUCACGUCAACGGCAGUGGAGCUUAAAACCUGCACAAUAUUUGAAAUAUUACUCUUUCUGUGUCAUAAAAUGUUGCCGUUUAGUCGAGAAUAUAGAUAAAUAAACUUUAAAUCUGUGGUCAGAUAGUAAAGAGAGCGCAUAUAUUAACAUUUCCUGAUUUUGGAUAUGUGAGUUCAAGUUGAUCAGCGGGUGGUCAGUGUUGUGUACCCCGCCGAGGUCCUUCUGAAAUUUGCCGCUGUCUCAUUGCAGCUGCUCUGCCCUUCAGUGUCUGAUCAUUAAACAUGAAAUAUUUCUGUAGCGGUAAACAAGCUUCCAAAUUUCCAAUUUUAUCCCUUGUUUCUUAACCACGGUGAGAGGUGAUGAUGCAAUGUUUCUGACGUGUACAAGGCAGCAUAAAAUCCACAGAGGCUUGUUGAUGUUUCCUAAUGAUAACUUUAUUGUAUCAAAAUUAAAGAUGCAUUAUACAACAACAGAGUUAUAUUUAAAUAAACAAAUUGAACAAAAAUGUUAAAUAAGCUAGUAACUAUGGCUCCUACAAUUCCCUUUCGAUAUAUCUAACUGGCAUUUUUUGGUCUUAUCAAUUUAUUUCUCUUUAU